CAGACCGGUAGUGAUUACAAAUUAGAAAUUGACGGACUUCAUAUUGGUUAUUCCCUCUAUGGUAGUGGCCCAAAAUCCAUACUCUGCAUUUGUGGAGCUGUAGGAUGUUAUAAGAAAGACUGGCCAUUUUCUUUACUGGAGUAUUUCGAUCAGACACUGGUCACAAUUGUCUGCAUUGAUCCUCCUGGCUACGGUACUUCACGACCACCUGAUCGUGUUCAGGAGGUCAAUCGUUGUUUGAAAGACGCCGGAUUUUGCCUAAAACUUAUGGAGAAGCUUGGACUUACACCAUUCACUGUGGUAGGAUGGUCUGAAGGAGCCCGAACGGCAAUUCAUGUUGCCGGUCAAGGAGGAGAGACAAAGGUGAACAAAUUGAUUCUGUUGGCUGCUGCUUCAAAAGUCACGAAAUUGGGAGCGCUGGCAUUCUUCGGUAUGAGAAACACAGACCACUGGCUACCAUUAACCCGGGAACCAUAUCUGGCUCACUAUUCUGAAGAAUUUCUUCGAAAGCAGUGGGCCGCACUUUGUGACGUCGUUCAGGAAGUGUAUGACUAUUGCGGUGGACGUUUCCCGUGUGAUUAUGUUCUUCCGAAGAUCGUUGUGCCAACGUUAAUCAUGAACGGCGGGCAGGAUCGCUUUUGUGGGGAUGCGAAGGCGUUGAUCAUUUGCAGAGUUAUUAAUAUUUAUUAUUUUACUGUUCACGCCCAAGGCAACCAUGAUUUCUACAUGAAAUACCCGAAAUGGUUCACGGCAAAAGUGCAAGUAUUCAUAAAUGACGCCUAA